UUUUUUUUUUAUUUUUCCUUUCUGUCUUACUUUUGAAUGAACUGGUUUCUUGGCUGGAUGAUUCAACUUCUUCCCUGGCUGUGAACUUUUCUCCCCGGUCGUUUCCUUUGACAACGGCAGGGGAAAGUGCGCGUUGUUUCGAGGCGAGCCGCGAAGUUGCCUGCGCGUGGCCGUGUGCGUAGGAGUGCGCGCGUGGGUAACUCCGGCGGCCGGGCGUGCGUCGGGCUGCGCCGCGCUGCGGUGCCGCCUCGGAAGGCCCGCUCCACCUGCUGCGGUUACUCGGUGAUCCAGGGUGUUGCCGCGUCCUGGUGGUUACCCGGCCGGCGCGGGGGCGACGCUGGAGGAGGAUCGGCUCGCUGCUGCCCUGGUCUGGGGCUGACUCACGGAGUCCAUGUAGACAGCGGCUGGCUUCGGCAGAGUGCGUGUCUGCGCGCGUGCGACUCGGCGGCUGUUCCACUCCCACCAAACCACAGGAUCAGCCGCAAACUUAACCAACAUCCCCAAACCCGAGUGCUCAGAUGUGGAGAGCUGUACCCUGAGUGUCAUCGACUUGGACUUUUUUUUUUUUAAGAUUAGCUUUUCUUUAAAAAGCUUAGUUCUCUGAACUGAGCAUUUUGCCAGAACUUAUUGAGAGACCAUGACAAGUAUUUCUAACGCAGCCCUUCUCCAACUACUGAAGCUGAUUUUCAAGGCUACUUAAAAAAAAAAAUCUGCAGCGAACAUUAAUGGAUUUCUGUUGUGUUUAAAUUCUCUACAGAUUGAAUUGUAAAUAUUUUAUGAAGUGGAGAAUAUGUAUAUAUAUUUAUAUGUGUAUAUGUAUGCACAUACAUUAGUAGCACGACCUUUGGAAGUCGCCGGUCUUGCUUUUGAGGACUGAAGCCAGUUUUGCAUGAGAACUGGCGAUGUUCAUGGACGACAACCCUGUAUUUUCUGUCGCGCUGGGACUUUAGACAAAACUCACCUGGAAAAACUGACAGGCGACUAAUUAACUACUGGAACUUCCAAAUUAUGUGUUUGCCGGCCCUUUUUCUCUCCGUAUACAUAUUUUAGGAAGUGUAUGGGAAUUUUGCUUCCCGGAACUUUUGUGACAGCCAAAGACUGAGCUUAAACUCAAAGCAAGGCUCGGAAGAUAGUCUCCCUGGGCAUCUGGCUUUGGAUUCUGGGCGCCCACUUUGUAAAGCACUAAGCGAGCGGUCGGAUGCUGGGAGCCCUGCCGGGGUCUGAGGCCCAUCGGCGUAACCUGACCGGUCCGGCCCCUGGACAGUUAGUGACUAAGCCCCCUCCCGCAGCCCCCCGCAGCAGUAAAGGCCCCUGAACUUGUAUGUUGGUCUCCGGGGAGCUGCUGGCUGAAGAUCCGCGCCCCUGUCGCCCUCUGGUAGGAGCUGUUUGCAGGGUCCUAACUCAAUCGGCUUGUUGUGAUGCGUAUCCCCGUAGAUGCCAGCACGAGCCGCCGCUUCACGCCGCCUUCCACCGCGCUGAGCCCGGGCAAGAUGAGCGAGGCGCUGCCGCUGGGCGCCCCGGACGCCGGCGCCGCGCUGGCCGGCAAGCUGAGGAGCGGCGACCGCAGCAUGGUGGAGGUGGUGGCCCUGGGGGACGUUCCAGAUGGUACCCUGGUCACCGUGAUGGCCGGCAAUGAUGAGAACUACUCGGCCGAGCUGAGAAAUGCGACCGCGGCCAUGAAGAACCAAGUCGCGAGAUUCAACGACCUCAGGUUUGUCGGUCGGAGUGGAAGAGGGAAGAGCUUCACUCUGACUAUCACCGUCUUCACAAACCCACCGCAAGUCGCCACCUACCACAGAGCCAUCAAGAUCACCGUGGAUGGACCCCGAGAACCUCGAAGACAUCGUCAGAAACUAGACGAUCAGACCAAGCCCGGGGGCUUGUCUUUUUCCGAGCGGCUCAGUGAGCUGGAGCAGCUGCGGCGCACGGCCAUGAGGGUCAGCCCACACCACCCGGCCCCCACACCCAACCCUCGGGCCUCCUUGAACCACUCCACUGCCUUUAACCCGCAGCCUCAGAGUCAGAUGCAGGGAGCUGGGCUGUUUGAUGUUUGCUGUAGCUGGAGGCGCCAGAAGCUUCAGAUUCCUCCAGCGUCCCUGUUUCUGUCUGUGCCGUUGCCCUUGGGCUUCCCUAAGCUCUUCCUUAAAGAGCUCUGUAGCUCUUCCUGCUGUCACACGGGACCCAUGAGAACCUGG